AUGGCCGAUGAGAGACGGUGGUGGCGUGGUUUGAACGGGAAGGGGAGGGGGGACAGCGUGGGACGUGGGAAGGUGCGACAGAGCACACGGGGCGGGACAGGCUUAGGAAAGCACGCUUGUACACGCACACGCACACGCACGUCCGGGAGCAGGAGAGGGAAGGCCGAACAGGAACAGGAGGAAGGGUUCAACCUGAGGACUCGCAAGCCAGGCCACGACGAACGGAUGGGGGAGAUGCGUCAAGGAGGGCCCAGGAGGGCCAAGGAGGGGGGGGCGGAAACUUGGGACAGCGGCCGAGAGAGGGGUGUCAACAACCGCGUGGAGAGUCAAGCUCAAGAUUCGGCAGCACUGCGAAAGACGAUUCCCAGUUGGUCAAUGCCACGUCCACAAGCGGAGAACCGAGUGCGGGCGGGAGGGAUGGCGGGCGGGGCCGUUGAUGGUCGCGUCAGGGUACGGACGGCCCGCGGGUGUGGUGAUGUGCCAACCAAGCCGACAUGGGUAAUGUGCAACUGCAGGUGGGUACGAAGUACAGACACAGCAAUGCGCAGAUGGGUGCUAUCGACGUGUCGGGGUUGUAGUGGAGAGUUGCACAGACACACAAAAAGCAUGGUGGCUCCUAGGCGGAUAGCCGAGCCAGCAAAUCGAAGCACCGACCAGGCCGCUGAGAUCCAUCGGCAUGAAUACAACGGACUAACGAGACAUGAGGAUUGCGCUUCAGUAGUAUCGCCAACAUGCAUCCCUGAUAGUCGACCCACAAAUGCUCUCGCUGCGACUAUCAACGAUAUUCGCUUGGGGAGACUGGUGACUUGGUUUCUGCUCAUCCAAUGGGCGAACCAGACAGGCAAACAGCCAGUCAGAUAUCGAACCCCAGAGAGCGACCAAGAAACAAACAAUAAUUUCCCGGCCCAGGGUCGGGAGGAACAAUGA